GUUUCCUUGUGCCUUCACCCGACUCAGAACACAUUGGAUAAGUAACCUCUUGAACGGGCGCAAGAAUCGCCGGGUCCGUCCGUCAUGGGUGGAUCGUUGGCUUCUGAGGUCUCGUCUGAAGCUGUCAAUCCAGGCUUUGCGGAGGAGGUGCGGGACAAGUGGAGAGCCGCCGGAGCUGUUUAUGAUGAAGCUCAUCAACGAAGAAUCUACUUGAAUCCUGUCAUCGAGCCUGUGUUCGACUCGGACGAUGAAUUGGCGGAGGCUGUUGAUGAACAUUCCAGCUGGCGGGCAGAAACCAGGAGCCAGCCAAAGGAGAACUUGGCGGCGCAUCCAUGGCAAAAUGUGCAAGUGCCUGUGAGAAACACCUUCAUUCACUUCGAUUGCCCGGACAAGCUGGCACUCUUUGACCGCCUCGCUGGCCGAAGCCCAGGCAGCGAAGGGCAAAGUUCACUGGGGAGGAGUGCAUCUUCGCCGCUGCUAAGCAGAGAGGGCACCCCGCUGGCAUCUGCAGAUGUUCCUGAUGAUGAGCUGUCUGCUUCUUCAGCGUCAUCGCGCAUGAUUAGCGAAAAGGAGGCCAAACAUUUGCGAGGUGAGUGCCGACCAUGUGCUUACUUCAACUACAAGAAGGAUGGAUGUCGUUUAGGCGAGACAUGUGCCUUUUGCCAUUUGUGCUCUCGUGAAGCGAGAAAGAAAAAGGUCAAGCCCAGGCGAUCAAGGCGGCGCGCAGGAAAAAACAAUGGACAUGCAGAGGAGUGUGAGGAUGAGGAGGAGUGACUAGUGAUGCGGCUGCCAGCAUUUUGGUUGCAGCACCCUCACUUGUCACCAGGUGCUUUAGUUAGAGACUACCACAGAGUGGUGGGAAUUCGACUUGAUUCGGCAUAGAAGGCCAUGCGGCUGCAAGACAAUCUCUAGACAACGGCAGCUUAAAGUGGACAACGGCAGAUGCGGAUUGCAAUUUGAGGGACUGCAGACCAGAAGUGCUGAUGGCAGAUAUCGAGCGAUGCAUUGCUGGUGUGAUACCUUUCACGUGGCGUCACACGGGCUGCAUGCAAAUCAACUAAGGCUUUGAGAGGAACAUGCUUGUGUGCAGUACAGACCAGAAGCUGCUUGCAAUCACUCAUGGUUUGGGAAAUAGAUGUAUUGUGUCCGUCACCCCUUCAUCGUGC